AUGAUUAUCGAUGGUAUCGAUACUAUCGUUAAUUUCCCAUCACCUUUAUUUCAAAACGAGCAUAAGAACCCGCCCCAGCUCCAAAGUACGUCCAGCUCUAAAGCCCACCCCAGCUCCAAAUCCCGCCCCAGCUCCAAAGCCCACCCAGCUCCAAAUCCCGCCCAGCUCCAAAGCCCACCCAGCUCCAAAUCCCGCCCCAGCUCCAAAGCCCGUCCCAGCUCCAAAGCCCGCCCCAGCUUCAAACCCCGCCCCAGCUUCAAAGCCCACUCCAGCUCCAAAGCCUGCCCAGCUCCAAACCCCGCCCCAGCUCCAAAGCCCGCUCCAGCUCCAAAGCCCGCCCCAGCUCCAAAGCCCACCCAGCUCCAAAUCCCGCCCCAGCUCCAAAGCCCACCCAGCUCCAAAUCCCGCCCCAGCUCCAAAGCCCACCCAGCUCCAAAUCCCGCCCAGCUCCAAAGCCCACCCAGCUCCAAAUCCCGCCCCAGCUCCAAAUCCCGCCCCAGCUCCAAAGCCCACCCAGCUCCAAAUCCCGCCCAGCUCCAAAGCCCACCCAGCUCCAAAUCCCGCCCCAGCUCCAAAGCCCGUCCCAGCUCCAAAGCCCGCCCCUGCUUCAAACCCCGCCCCAGCUCCAAAGCCCGCUCCAGCUCCAAAGCCUGCCCAGCUCCAAACCCCGCCCCAGCUCCAAAGCCCGCCCCAGCUUCAAAGCCCGCCCCAGCUCCAAAGCCCACCCCAGCUUCAAACCCCGCCCCAGCUCCAAAGCCCGCUCCAGCUCCAAAGCCCGCCCCAGCUUCAAAGCCCGCCCCAACUCCAAAGCCCGCCCCAGCUUCAAACCCCGCCCCAGCUCCAAACUCCAAAGCCCACUCCAGCUCCAAAGCCCACUCCAGCUCCAAAGCCCGCCCCAGCUCCAAAGUCCGUCCAGCUCCAAAGUCCGUCCAGCUCCAAAGCCCACCCCAGCUCCAAAUCCCGCCCCAGCUCCAAAGCCCACCCAGCUCCAAAUCCCGCCCCAGCUCCAAAGCCCGUCCCAGCUCCAAAGCCCGCCCCAGCUUCAAACCCCGCCCCAGCUCCAAAGCCCGCUCCAGCUCCAAAGCCCGCCCCAGCUUCAAAGCCCGCCCCAACUCCAAAGCCCGCCCCAGCUUCAAAGCCCGCCCCAGCUCCAAAGUCCGUCCAGCUCCAAAGCCCACCCCAGCUCCAAAUCCCGCCCCAGCUCCAAAUCCCGCCCCAGCUCCAAAGCCCGUCCCAGCUCCAAAGCCCGCCCCAGCUUCAAACCCCGCCCCAGCUCCAAAGUCCGCUCCAGCUCCAAAGCCCGCCCCAGCUUCAAAGCCCGCCCCAACUCCACCCCAGCUUCAAACUCCAAAGCCCGCCCCAGCUUCAAAGACCACCCCAGCUCCAAAGCCCGCCCCAGCUUCAAAGACCACCCCAGCUCCAAAAUCCGCCCCAGCUCCAAAGCCUGCCCCAGCUUCAAAGCCCGCCCCAGCUCCAAAAGAAAUGACGGGCAAGGACAUUGUUCUGGAACUUUUGGAUACCGAAAAGAAAGCCAAAUUGUUUCGCCAAAAACCUGUAAUUUUCACCAAAUUCGUAUUUAGCGGUAUAGUGGAGGCCCUAUCAAACUGCAUUGAAGUCAAUAAGAAUUUACGUGUGCUGAGUCUUGAGGGUUUACCCUUGAACGAGAAAUAUGUGGAAUCUGUAGCAAAGGCUCUUUCAUCGAAUAAAGGCCUACAGGACAUAAGUUUCCAGCGAUCGAAUAUCGGUGACAAGGGAUGUGAGGUCAUUUGCAAUGCCGUAAAAUAUUUGGAAAAUGUGGAAAAAUUAAAUCUAUCCGAAUGUAAUUUGACCUCAAAGGGAGCAGAAUUUGUGGCUGACAUGUUGAAGAUUCAAAAAAUCACCCACUUUACCGAAGGUUGGCAAAAAUCCUUGCGUUAUGGUGAAGUGGAUCCCGAUGCAAUGCAUGGAUUGAGGUGCCUUAAGCUGGCUGGUAAUCAACAAAUUGGUGAUGAGGGUCUUAAGGCCCUUGUGGAAGAGUUAAAGGAAAAUAUUUGUGUUAAAUUCCUUGAUAUGGAGAAUUGUGGUCUUACCGAUGUAGCGGCCAAUUUAAUUCUGGACUGCUUGGAGUUGAACAAUGGUAUAGAGGAUUUCAAAGUUGCCAAUAACAUGGAUAUGAAUAAAUUCUUGCAACGCCGUAUUCGUGAGCAAUUGGGCCAAGCGGAUGAAGAUCAGCAAUUGAUGAUGCAGCAGCAACAGCAUUCCAAAAUGACUUUGGCCGGUCUGCGAGAGCAAUUGAAAACACUGCAGAAACAAUUGGAAUUUGAAAGGGAGCUAAGGCAAAAUGCCGAAUGUCUGAAUGCUAAACUUAAUCAACAGAUUUUCGAUUAUGAGGCACAAUUGCAGAGAGAAGUGCAAUCUAAUUUGCCCGAGGGUUAUGUUAUAGUCAGAGAAGAAUCUUUGCAAUCCCUUAUAACAGAACGUAACCAUUUCCAGAAGAUGAUCUCUGGCAACGAAGUCAGCGAGGAUGAAUUAAUGCCUAGUCAUGAUAUUUCGCGUCCUGUAACCCCCACUCAGGACGGUGCUACCAAUUUGUCGACUAUAGCGAAUGGAAACGAGUUGUGUGCUGCCUCAACCAUGAGCUGCCAUGCUGUGGGUCCACGCAAAGUAAAGAGUGAGAUGAGAUACAACACGCCUCCAUCAAGGGAUUCCUCCAGGAGAAAGAUCUCAAAAUCAGAUCAUGAAAUCUCCAACGAAAGUGAAAAUAACAUGCCAUCAUCUAUGCACAUUGAACGUAACAUAGGUGACACAUUGGCCAAUAUCACCAAUAUGUCCACCAAUAUGUCCACCACUAGAACCACCAAUUGCUCCACUAAUAGGUCCACCAUUACGGCCUCCACAGUCAUCGAAAAACGUCCACAAUUCCAAAGUUCCAUACACUCCAACCUGCCUCCAAACGGUGAUGAGUUCGAUUCCUUAUCAAUGUCCAUUGCAAGCAGUGUCUGCAGUGAUACUGAUGAUUUCACAGAUUUAGAUACUUUGCGCAAUCAGAUAAUAGAUCAUCAACCAAUGGAGCUAUUUUUACAAAGCCCUCAACAAACGACAACAAUGCCUUUGACUCCCAUGCCACAAUGUCCGAAACAGUUGACUACAAUGCCGUUGACACCGAUGCCAGCAAAAAUGAUGGAACAAAAACCGAAAACUAACAAAAGAGAAAAGUCUCCACGUUCUUUGUUUUUUGGAACCUGCGAUGAUUAA